AUGAAGUGUCUUAUAGUACUCGCUUUAGUUUGCCUCGCGGCGGCGUCUGCGAGGGAACUAGGCGAAGAUGAGAAGGAUUUAGUCGCAGCGGCCAGUGGGAAGAGUCAUCAUCACGAAGAAGGUGGCGGGAAACAUCAUCACGCUGAACACCAUCACGAACAUGGAGAGAAGGGUCAUAAGGGUCAUAAAGGACACCAUCAUCAUCACAAAGGCGAACAUGAACACCAUGGGAAACAUCAUCAUAAAGGACAUCACCACGAGCACGGCGGCGGUCAUAAGAAGCAUUGGGAUGAACACGAUCAUCACGGCCAUCAUCACGAACAUGGACAUCAUCAUAAGGGUGGGAAACAUGGCCAUCAUAAACAUCACGAUAAGGGAGAGAAAACUGACGGCUACCAUAAGAAGUACCACAAGGAUCACUUCCAUAAGGAUCAUCACUUUUACGAUGACCAUCAUCAUGAAGGCAAGCAUCAUAAGCACGGUGAUCAUCACGGUCAUCACGAAGAGCACGGAGGUCAUCACAAGAAGGGCGGUCACGGCCAUCACGGACAUCACGAACAUCAUCAUGGAAAACACGGCCAUCAUGACAAACAUCAUUACGAUGAAGAUCACAAAGGUCAUAAAGGUCAUCACGGACAUGAGGAACAUCAUCAUCAUCAUCACGAUCAUGGCAAGAAGGGAGGCCAUGAUGAUCAUAAGGAAUGGGGCUUCCAUCAUGGGAAGAAGCAUUAA